AUGACGGCCCUGCCGCUCGUCUCGGUGCCGCCGACGGGCCUCAAUGGCGAGAACAACAAGGUGCUGCUGGCUUUGCUAGAGAGCCUGCGGCCUGACAAGAGGCACGUCUUUUUGCAGCCGAGCGACGCCCUGCCGACGGGAUCUCUCAAUGUGGUCAAAGAGACGCUGGAAGGAUUCGCGGCCGAGGUUGGCGAGGAGCAGGAGGUCAGGCUGAAGGAGAGCCGGAAGAGGAAGAGGGAGGGGAGGGGGGAGAUUGAUGUGCUGAAGCUGAGGAGGGUGUAUGUGGAUGGCUUCGAGACGGAGCAGGUGUGGCAGCAGGCGAGGAGGAUAAUUGGUAGCGUGUUGAAGUUUUCUGAUGGAUUGCUGGAUGAAUUGGAGGAAGAGGGUGAGGUGGUUGCGGCUGACCAGGUUGACGGCCAGGAUGACGAAGAGGAAGAGGAGGAAGAGGAAGAGGUCGAAGAUGAUGAAGACAUUGAAGGAGAAGAAGACGAAGAAGAAGAGCUUGAUGUGGAAUUGGACGAGGACCAAUUGGAGGAUGGUCUGGAAGACGAAGACGACGAGGAUCUUGAUGAACUGAAAGACGGUCUCGAAGAUGAACUGAAUGAGGACGAGGACGAAGAAGACGAAGAUGAGCAAGACAUCGAAGAGUACGUCGAGGAUCCCGAUGGCCUCAACGACGGCUUCUUCAACCUCGAAGAGUUCAACCGACAAUCGCAGUACUUUGAAGAACAAGACGCAAGGGGUGACCCCAACACCGACCGAGCCAGCGAUGACGAAGACAUAGAUUGGGAUGCAGACCCAAUGUCAGAGCCCAAGGCUGGCUCUAAAAAGGCAUCCAACCGCAAAUCACAAGACGAUGACGAAGACCAGCUACAAGACGAGGAUGAUGAGGAAAGCGACGAAGAGGAUGGCCCAACAUUCGGCGACAUGGCUCUUGACGCACCGGAAGGCGAGAGCGACGAUGAAGCCCUCAAUGAUGAGGCCGCAGAUGACGAAGGCAUGGAUUUCAACGCAAACGAGGUCUACUUUAAGGACUUUUUUGCACCACCGCCCCGGAAGAGCAAAGGCGGCAAGCCGAAGAAGAGCGUUCACUUCCAGCCAGAGAAGCCUACCGAGGAGGACGUCGACAGAGCUAUGGCCGACGUACGCCGAGAUCUCUUUGACGAUGAGUCGGACAAUGAUGACUCUGAAGAUGCUCUGUCCGAUGUCUCAGCCGGCGACCCCAAGUCGCGCCGAUCAGCUCACGAGCGAAGACAGGCCAAGCUGGCCGAGGAGAUCCGCAAGCUGGAAGCCGCCUCCGUUGCCAAGCGCGAGUGGACUCUCUCUGGAGAGGCUGCUGCUGUCGAUCGACCCGUCAACUCUCUCCUGGAGGAGGACCUCGACUUUGAGCACGUCGGCAAGCCCGUCCCCGUCAUCACCCCGGAGGUGACGGAGGGCAUCGAGGACAUGAUCAAGCGGCGAAUUCUCGCUCAGCAGUUCGACGAGGUUCUGCGCCGGAGACCAGACGCCGAGGCCGUGCCCAGUGGAACGCGCCGCGGCAUAAUUGAGGUCGACGACAGCAAGUCCAGCAAGGGCCUCGCUGAGGUGUACGAGGAGGAGCACGUCAAGAACGCCAACCCGGACACGUACGUCAGCCAGUCGGACGAGAAGCUGCAGCGAGAGGAGAAGGAGAUUGAGGCCAUGUGGAAGGACGUCUCGUCCCGCCUCGACGCCCUCAGCAGCUGGAACUACAGGCCCAAGCCCAGCGCGGCCACCGUCUCCGUCGUGUCGGACGUCGCCGCCGUCGCUAUGGAAGACGCCCAGCCCACCACGGCGUCCGCCAUCUCCGGCGAAGCCAGCCGCCUCGCGCCCCAGGAGGUGUACAAGGCCGGCGCCGACAACGCCGCCCAGGGCGAGGUCGUCACCAGCGGCGGCAUGCCCCUCGCACGACAGGAGCUUUCGCGCGAAGACAAGGUUCGUCGUCGUCGUCGUGAGAAGGAGCGCAUGCGCAAGGCUGGCGGUGCGGACGCUGCGGGCGCGGGUACGAAGACGAAUGGCGCUGGCGGUGCGAAGAAGACGCUCUCGGCCAAGGUGAAGAUGCAGCGCGAGACGAUUGCCGAGCUGAAGAAGGGAGGCGUCAAGGUGAUUAACCGCAAGGGCGAGAUUACCGACGUCGAGGGCAAGAAGACCAAGGUGGCGGCCAAGAUUGUAUCGGGAGGAAGCUAUAAGCUAUAA